UUACUAAUUUUUCUCCUCCUUCCCGGCAAAUCGUCACCGCCACAUUUCUCCCCAAAGGCAGAAUCUAGGGUUUUGUUUUCUAAGGGUUUUUUAUAAUCUUCUUCGUAGCUUCUCUCCUUCUUUAUCUCUCAAUCUCCAGUUUAGUUUUGAGAUGGCGAGGUACUCAGCUGGUACGGUUGAUUGUCCUGGUUCACCCAAAUCUGUACGAAUCGUUGUGGUUGGUGAUAAGGGCACUGGGAAAUCAAGCUUGAUUGUGGCUGCAGCUACAGAUGCUUUCUCUCCCAAUGUCCCUCCUGUUUUGCCUGAUACCAAGUUACCUGCUGAAUUCUUCCCUGACAAUAUACCCGUCACCAUUGUCGACACUUCCUCCAAGCCAGAAGAUAGGGACAUGGUUGCUGAGGAGUUGAAGCGCGCAGAUGCAGUAGUUUUGACAUAUGCCUGUGAUCGACCUGAGACUCUCGACCGGUUAAGUGAAUACUGGCUUCCAGAGCUUCGGCGAUUAGAGGUAAAAAUUCCUAUUAUAGUAGCAGGGUGUAAGCUUGACUUCAGAGACGACAAUAACCAGGUCAGCCUCGAACAAGUGAUGUCACCUAUAAUGCAGCAGUUUCGGGAGAUAGAGACAUGUAUCGAGUGUUCUGCCCUCAAGCAACUCCAGGCACAAGAAGUUUUCUAUUAUGCACAAAAAACUGUCCUUCACCCAACAGGACCUCUGUUUGAUCAAGAUUCCCAGGCACUGAAGCCCCGGUGUGUAAGGGCAUUGAAACGUAUCUUUAUACUCUGUGACCAUGAUAGAGAUGGUGCUCUUAGCGAGGCUGAAUUAAAUGACUUUCAGGUCAAGUGCUUCCAUGCACCAUUGCAGCCUUCUGAAAUUGAAGGUGUUAAGAGGGUUGUGCAAGAAAAGUUGCCAGAAGGUGUGAAUGAAAGAGGACUGACAGUGACUGGCUUCCUGUUUUUACAUGCACUUUUUAUUGAGAAAGGGAGGCUCGAGACGACGUGGACUGUACUCAGGAAGUUUGGAUAUAAUAAUGAUAUAAGACUUGCUGAAGAAUUGCUUCCGUCUUCAUUAUUCAAGCGAGCGCCCGAUCAGAGCUUUGAGCUGACAAAUGUAGCAAUCGAAUUCCUGAAGGGAAUGUAUGCCUUGUUUGAUGACGACAAGGAUAAUAAUCUGAGACCUCAAGAGAUCGAGGAUCUUUUUUCAACUGCACCUGAAAGUCCUUGGAAGGAAUCACCUUAUGAGGAUGCUGCGGAGAAAACGGCCCUCGGAGGUCUAUCCUUUGACGCUUUCCUGUCAAUGAAAGUUUUCCAGUGCUUUGUUUUUGGACCUAAUAACGCUGGAAAAUCUGCAUUACUAAAUUGCUUUCUUGGAAGGUCAUAUGCUGAUAACCAGGGAUCAACAACUGAUGAGCGUUAUGCAGUAAAUAUGGUCGAUGAAUCUGGGGGUUCAAAGAAAACUCUUAUCAUGAGGGAAAUUCCAGAAGAUGGAGUUCAAGGGCUAUUUGCAUCCAAGGAAUCCUUGGCUGCAUGUGACAUAGCUGUCUUCGUGUAUGACAGCUCGGAUGAGUCGUCAUGGAAAAGAGCGACGGAGUUGCUUGUUAAAGUUGCAACUUACGGUGAGGCCACUGGAUAUGAGGUCCCUUGCCUCAUUGUUUCAGCAAAAGACGAUCUUGAUUCAUUUCCUAUUUCCAUACAAGAAUCCACCAGGAUGACACAAGAUAUGGGAAUAGAGCCUCCAGUAUCCAUCAGCUCCAAAUUGGGGGAUUUCAACAACUUAUUCCGCAAAAUCAUAACUGCAGCACAACAUCCUCAUUUGAGUAUUCCAGAGACUGAAGCAGGAAAAAGCCGCAAACAUUACAACAGGCUAAUCAACCGUUCUCUUAUGGCCGUCUCAAUUGGAGCUGCUGCUGUGGUCGUUGGGCUGGCUGCUUACCGUGUGUAUGCCACAAGAAAGAGCGCUUCUGCGUAAGAAAGAUAUAGAAUGAAAAUUCUAAUCUAUUAAGGUGCAAAGACGAGAAGAAGAUAUUAUCAAAUCUCUUGUUCUGAGUUUGUUUAUCAUUAACUUGAUCCGGAGUACUGUUUUUAGAAGUUUAAUGGAAACGGGCUUUGUUUGAAGUAAUUGUGGAAGAAGAUCUGUAGCAACACAAAUAUUUAGGGACUACAAAAAAGAGAAGAAGAGAACAUUGCCAAUAGACAUUUACAUUGUGUUGAUUUCUUCAAUAACAAUGGAACUUUAUCUUGUUGUUGUGUGUAAUCUUGUUCAUGUUUAACCUGUUCUCAGAAUUAA